UCUGCUAACAUUGUGCCAAAAAUCAUCUAUUAAUAACGAAAUAUUAUGUAUAAAAAAUUCCAGUAUUAGUACGAAUAUGGCCUGUGAGCGAAUGUAUGUUUGACUGUAAGUGCGAUGUUGCCGCUGCAACCAAUUUCUCUUAGAAUAUUAGUAGUGGCAUUAAGGCCUCUAAAAUUAAAAUUACUUUUUAUUGAUAAGUAUUUUGUACGAAAUUUACAAUUCUUCAUUUUACAUCUGCGGUUGAGUAACUUAUUAUGUUAUUUUCAAGGAUUGUGAUUUCAAUUAGUAAGGCAAAGGCAAAAUGACCCCAUAUAAGUUUUAAGUCUAACAAGACGCUAAUAGCAUCUAAUAUUAAAAUCUAGUUAAGCCACAUUCAAAUAAGAUUAUCCGAAAUGACAACGCAACUCAACAAUUUCAACUCACUACAAGUAACUUUGAAACAUAAUUGGCGAAAUGCAUCUAUCGUUAAACUUUAUCCGAUUAACAAUCGAUUAUUCAUAAAUCGUGCGUGCUAGUGAUGUGAAAUUGAUUUCCUCCGAGCCAGCGGAGGUGGGAAUUAUCACGGGCUCUUAAUGCCUCGGAUCGUGGCCAUUAACCGAGAAUUAUGUAUGUUUUAUCGCCAGCUUAUAAUCAUCUGUCACUAUCGUUACAAUAUUUUCGUAUAAUUUCAUCUCGCUCCACCUCUUGCUAGUGUUGUGUCGAUAAUCGAUAAAUGACUUAGUAUAAUAAAUUAUUUUGAGUAAAUAAAAAUCUAGAAAAUAUUGGGGCACUUAUAUUUUUAAGUUAAUCGAAAGGAAGAGGGAAAUUGCGUACGUGGCAGGUAAUGGAAACUAAGGUAUAAUUCGAUAUAACUUACAAAUAUGUAAGAGAACAAACACGUUACUUUGUAUUACACUGCUCUCAGAUAUCAUUAAACCAAUGCAUUAAUGUAGAUAGUUUUUAAAAACGUCAUAAAUUCCCAUAUAUAAUAAGGAAAAAUACUAUCAAAUAUCCAAGUCUAUAUCAGUUUAGAAAACGUUUGUCUAACAAUGGCCACAGUAUUCUGAUAACAUAGACUAGUCUAAGAAUUCAACUCUAUCUAGUUAUCCACAAACACCGUUCCGGGUUCGACUAAACCUUGUUUCUGACACCCACGACACAUGCUAUCACUAUCAGAUUAGAACUGUCCGUGCUGAUUAAAUUCAAAUUGACAAAGUAAUCGAGUUGCCACAACUAAAUCACAUUGUUUUCGUUCUGUUUUGACGAAAUGGCCACGCGGCGGUGGCAUGUGUUUAUCGCCGUAUCGAAGAAGCUAUCCAUUCACCUUGUUUAUCUGUCCUUGCUAUGAUAUUGCUGUCUAUUUAUGUAGCGUUAUAUAAUUAUAUGGUUCGAAAUUCUUAUCCUUCAAAGUUAUUGCAAUAUAUAUGCUCAACUAGGUCUUUUCUUGUGAAAGUAUUGUAAACAGUAAUUUUUAUACCAUUAAUAUAUGUAUCAUUUAUCUUGAAAUACUCCAUAAUUGGAUACCAAAAAAUAAAAGCUUUGGCGCUCACUAUAAACUCGUAAAUAAUACGCGAUAGUUAACUGGCAUAAAUGGCAUAUUUACUUUAGAACAUACGCAUUCCCCGUAUAUCUAUUAAAUGCAUCUUAAAAAUGCAUAAAACUAUACAAUUAAAUUCACAUACAUCCAUCGUACUGACGUAAUUAAGGAGCCAUCUUGUUUCCAGAUUAUCGAUAACGCCCAUCGAUUGCUGUCCGUCACUAGCGACUCGAGGCUCGUUAUUUGUUGUUAUUAGUGUUGUUUUUUUUAACUUUUUUGUACGUUGGGAUGUUUUGAGGAACCGGUUAGGGUCCUAAUCUGAUCGACUCGCCACGAAGCGAUGCAAUUGUACGGGGAAAAAUGUGAUUGUUAACAUAGAGUUGGCGGUUUGACCCGAGUUUAUUUUUGCUUUGGUAAUUUCGGUGAUAUAUAACUAUAUUCGUUUGUAGUUUGAGCAAAUUAUAUGUUAACCUGCGUUGAACUUUGAUACAAUCAAAUUAUAGUACGGAAUAAAGUUUUAUAUGAGAUAUGUUCAAAUUUAUGAAGAUAUUUUAUCAUCACUGCCAAAGGUUUAGUGGUCGGGGAUGCUACUGAGCACUGUAAGAUCGCGGGAUCUUGUUCCGAAACGGUAGAAAUACAAUGAAAAUUACGUUUUUGUUUUAUCGAAGACAUAUUUUAUUAACAGAUACGAGCAUAUGUCGUAUAAUUAUGUAAAGGAACAUAACAUUGUUCAAAACGCCAAACGGAUACAACUUUCCACCUUUCAACAUUAUCGACAUAUCACUAAAAGUAUUUUUACAUUCCAAUAUAAUUUGGAAAGUUCAUUAUCUUAUCUAUAUUAAUCUUUGUUUUAAUAUAUUUUAUCUAUACGUAUAUAACGGAACGGAUACAUUAUGCAAGUAUAGUAGUUCGUCUAUCAAUAAUCGUAAACCGGUUAAUUAUAGUAUUUGGGCUGUUAUUUAUAAGGUACAUUUAUGUUGUAAAUUAAUACUUUUUUUUUAUUUGGUAAUGAUAAGGUCAGGUGCGCUUGCGCUGGUAUUCCGCCACGGUAUUAAAUCGUAAAAUAGUUAUAUCGCACCCACGGUGCAAUAAUGUCACUUAUGCAUUUUAUGUUAAAAUAAACUGAGUACGCAAAAAGUUGUCUAAAGUCCCUCUGCACUUGGAGCGUUAUUGUCACUUUUGUAGUACGUUUAGUUUCCGUGUGAGGGCAGAAGUGUCUUUAUGGUUUUGGCGCGAAUGCACGGGUCACCGGGAGAAAUAAUGUCUCAUUGGUCAGUUGCGUGCAGCGCCCCGCACGAGCAGGAGUCUCUUGGUGCUAUAACGACACUAAGAUCAACAAUGCUGCCACGUGGUAAAAAACUUGUGCUACUUGCACGAUCAAGUAGCAAUUUAAGUUAUAAUUCUAGAGAGCAAACAGCAUCAAAUGAUACCAUUCCGACCGCACCAGUAAGAACACUACCAGAAGAACAUUACACUGUUAUAAUUCAUCAAAGCAUUACGGAACAUGCACCAGCAACCAGCAGCAGUACUAUUCUGGAUGAGCCACUAGCACUACCUUCACUGCAAAAUGAGACUAUUAUAUCACGCCCAAACUCGCCGUCUAUUUUAGGUGACAAUGAUGUUAUCCAUGAACAGGAAAACCAGCUAAUGGUUAAUUUUUCCGGAACCGAUUCUAGUGACGAGUUUAGGCCUAGUCCUAAUAAGUCUUCAUCCGAUAGCUCCAGUAGUAGUUCCAGUAGUAGUUCCAGUAGCAGUUCCAGUAGUCAAUCGUCCGAUGAUAGUAGUUCUGAUAACAACGAUGUUGAAAAUGAGACCAGCCAUCCACCAAACCUAGCACCUAAACCGAAAGGAAGGAAACGAAUUCGUAAUCCAACAACCUGGAAAAAGAACAUCGCGAAACGAUUAAAAAAUUCUGGCCAAGGCUAUACUUCAAUAAAAACUAAAAAAGAAAAUUCUGCUAAGAAAAUGGGUCCCGUAUGCUCAAUAAAAUGUCGGCUGUCAUGUUCAUCGAAAUUUAAUGAAGAAAAGAGAAAUGAAAUUUUUCAGUCUUAUUGGCAGUUGGGAAGUUUAGAGAGACAGCGAGAUUUUUUAAAUAAUUGUACGAGACCACUGAAAUGUGCAUACCGUCGCAUAAAGACAAAUAAUAGGAAAUACGAGAGGAAAGAAAAUACUGCAUUUUACUUACUUAAUGAAAACAAAGAUAUAGCAUAACACAAAGGAUUAUAAGAACCGUUAUUGAUGGCAAAGCACGCACCGAUGGUUUUAUUCCAACAGAUUUACGUGGAAAACAUGGAAACCAAUGCACAUUAGAUCCAGACGUAAUACAAGCUGUAAAAGAUCAUAUAGAAUCAAUUCCAAAAGUAGAAAGCCACUAUCUCAGGGCUAGUACGAGUAGAAUGUUUAUUGAUGGUGGCUUAUCAGUUGCAGAGUUGCAUAGAAACUAUAUAAAUAUUCAAAAUGUACAG